AUACGUUGAGUCCAACACGGCAGUCAGUUUGGAGACGAUCGCAGUGGUGAUCGGCAACCGCAAAUCGGCAAUCGUCAAUCGCGAAUCGUGCUCAGAAGCGUCGUAAUCAUCUCUGGCUUUUUCCCAGAGGUUGCAGCGGUGACCUCAAUCGGCGAUAUCUACCCACGUAUAAUUGAGUUAAUAAAUAACAUACUAUAUUCUCGAUCGUUCGCUUGUAUAAAUAGCCGGGCUGCUGCAUUGUCUUGAUAGAGCCAAUCCGUUGCACAAAAUGGACACAGGUCGCACUCCGAUGUUUUUCGCACUAGUUGCACUAGCCUUCUGCUUGGCUAGCGCACAAACUGAUAAACCCGCCACGUAUGUCGAUCACAGCAAUGGUGUGGAAGUCUCGAUACCCGGUACAACGAUUCCAAAGGAUGAUAUCUUGCCCACACCAAGAAAUCAAGAGGCGGCACCUGGCGGUGUUAUAUAUAAAAAUGGUGGCAAUGUUUUCUUGCAAAAUGAAGCGGGCAGCAUUUAUACACGUCCCGACGGACGUAAGGUUUUGGUCGGUGCUGGCGGUCAGACGAUUGUAACUGGAGCCGAUGAUAGCGAUGAGGAUACAUCGGCGGAAGGCAAUUACAAUGGCGGAGGAGGUGGCAUAUUCAUCAAUGGUCAACAGGUUGGAGGAGGAGGAGGGGGUUCCAGUUUCAUCUCAGGCGGUGGCAGUAGCCUUUUCAUAAACCAGGCCGGAGAGGGUGCCUAUCAGACCUACAACAAUAAUCAGAUUCGCAUUAUCAAUGGCGGUCUCCAGUUGACCAGCGGUGGCCAGGUGUACACUUUCCCGGCCAAGGGUGCUGACGUCAAUAGUAAGGAAACUGUAGAAAUCAAUGGCCAAAAUGCUGUCGUGGAGUACCAGAAUGGCAACAUUAUUGUGGAGCUGGCCGAUGGCACUGUGCUGGCCAAGGCGGAUGGUGGCCUCUUCAGCGGUAAUCGUCAAUCUUAUGAUAACCGAAAACAGAUCCAGGCAGACGCCGCUCUUGAAGCUGCCAGGGCCCAGGAAUAUGCUGCCAGUCUACAAAAGAAUUUGCAUGAACAGCUCAGCAACCAAAUGCGGAACUUACAGGAGGAAUUACAGCGCACCCUUGGCAACAUUCGCAUCUUUAAUUAACUGUAUUGACACAUACAAAUUUAUGCGAAUUACGCAUAUUUACUCGAAAUAAAGUACAUUCAUUGAACAUUA